AUGAAAAAUAUGGAUCUGUUUUAAGGAAAAAAAGAAAAUGCUAUUAAUAAAAAAAUGACAAAUGAUUUUGGAUAUAUUUUAAGGGAGUUCGAUAGAGGAGAGUAAAAAAGAGAUAACUUUUAGAAAGAUGAAAAUAUAUUUAACUUAGUAUUUCAUCAAAUAUUAUUAAAGAAAGUCUUUAAAAUAGUCAUACUUUGGAAUCCAUUAAAAGGCGCCUUUGGAGCAAAGGUAUCAGCUGAAUCAAAGACAGAUAUAAUUUAAAGCUAUAAUCCUCUUUACCCUUUAUUAGCUCAUAUAAAAUAUGGUAGGUUGAAAAAAAUUUUAAGAAAACUGAAAAUUUAAUUAAAGAAAAUUAAGAUUCACCAAAGAAACAAAAAUUUUUGGUGA